AUGGCCGCGAUGGCGGCUCCGAACCCGACCGGCGGCGCCGGCGAGGGCCUGCCCAUGCCCUCGCGCAACCCGCUCCCCCUCUCGGCCUCCCAGGAGGCACAGAUCAGAGACAUCUACUACGCGCGCGUGCGCAGUGCCUGCGCGCCCGAGAUCAAGGCGUUCGCAGACUGCGCCUUGAACAGGACCUUUACCGUCUCUUUCGUCUGCCGUGAGCAACUGCGCGUGAUGAACGGGUGCAUGAAGUCGCACGCAACGGCGGCGGAGCAGGAUGCCGCCCGCGAGGAAUGGUUCGCGAAGCGUCUUGAGAGGCAGAAGGAGCGCGAGCGCAAGGCCGUCAAGAAGGCGCAGCAAGAGGACUUCAUACGUGAGUGGUGGGGUCUGCCCGAGAAGGACGCAGAGACGAGGAGGAAGGAGGAGGAGAAGAUGCGCCAGGCCGAGAGGGUUGGCGGUUAUGCUGCCAGGGAUCGGAAGAGGUGGGAAGAGGAGAAGGCUGCUGCCGCCGCUGCGGAAAAGAGGUAA